AUGAGUUUGGCUGGGGGCCGCGCCCCCCGGAAGACCGCGGGGAACCGGCUCUCUGGGCUUCUGGAAGCAGAGGAGGAAGAUGAGUUCUACCAGACGACUUAUGGGGGUUUCACUGAGGAAUCAGGAGAUGAUGAGUAUCAAGGGGACCAGUCAGACACAGAGGAUGAGGUGGACUCUGACUUUGACAUCGAUGAAGGGGAUGAACCAUCCAGUGAUGGAGAAGCAGAAGAGCCAAGGAGGAAGCGCCGAGUAGUCACCAAAGCAUAUAAGGAACCUCUCAAGAGCUUGAGGCCUCGAAAGGUCAGCACCCCAGCUGGUAGCUCUCAGAAGACCCGAGAAGAGAAGGCACUGCUUCCAUUAGAACUACAGGAUGAUGGCACUGACAGUCGGAAGUCCAUGCGUCAGUCUACAGCUGAGCACACACGACAGACAUUCCUUCGGGUACAGGAGAGGCAGGGCCAGUCACGGCGACGGAAGGGGCCCCACUGUGAGCGGCCACUGACCCAGGAAGAGCUGCUCAGGGAGGCCAAGAUCACAGAGGAGCUCAACUUACGUUCACUGGAGACAUAUGAGCGGCUCGAGGCUGACAAAAAGAAGCAGGUCCACAAGAAGCGGAAGUGCCCUGGGCCCAUAAUCACCUACCAUUCAGUGACUGUGCCAGUGGUUGGGGAGCCAGGCCCGAAAGAAGAGAAUGUCGAUGUAGAAGGACUUGAUCCUGCUCCCAUGGCUUCUGCAUUGACUCCCCGUGCUGGGACUGGACCCGUCAUCCCUCCUGCUCGCUGCUCACGUACCUUCAUCACUUUUAGUGAUGAUGCCACAUUUGAGGAAUGGUUUCCUCAAGGGCGACCCCCAAAAAUCCCUGUUCGGGAGGUCUGCCCAGUGACCCAUCGGCCAGCCCUAUAUCGGGACCCUGUUACAGACAUACCCUAUGCCACUGCGCGAGCCUUCAAGAUCAUCCGUGAGGCCUACAAGAAGUACAUCACUGCCCACGGACUGCCACCCACCGCCUCAGCCCUAGGCCCUGGCCCACCACCUCCUGAGACCCUCCCUGGCUCUGGGCCCCGAGCCUUGCGCCAGAAAAUUGUCAUCAAAUGA